AUGAUAGAUCCCCCACCAAACUGGCUGGUUCUUCACAGUGGCAUUACAGCUCAAGUCACUAGCACCGAUCUUCCCGCCUUAGCCAUAUUUCUCGACGACGGUGCUGAUCAUUCCGAUGACAUCCUGUCCACCCAAGUUGAGAUCGGCGUUCACAUUGACCGCGGUAGCCUCGAUUCCGAAUGCACAGGUACCCAAGGUCAACGAUGCGGCUUCCAAACAACGAGACGUUUCCACAAGGUGCCAGCAUCUCCCUCAAUAUUCUUGAUAAUGGUUCGGCAAUCCUUAACUAAAAACAAAGACCCCAGUUUCAAGACAGCUCCCUUGCCAACUUCAACCCGAGUCUGCCAAACUCCACGACCUUGCACUGCCAUGGCGCUCGUGAUACCUUACACGUACAUCCAAUGUCCGUGUUCCGACAACUCUCCCCCCGAUCUCCCCCAAGCGCGUCAAUCACAAUCCUCCGACGAACGAACCUUUGACCCCCGCGAUCCUCGCUCAAACUACAGCCUCUACCCUCUCGAGUACCUCCUCUACUGCGAAGACUGCCAGCAAAUACGAUGUCCGCGAUGUGUGAACGAGGAGGUCGUUACAUAUUACUGCCCAAACUGUCUGUUUGAGGUUCCCAGUAGUAACUUGCGCAGCGACGGGAAUAGAUGUACCCGAAGCUGUUACCAAUGUCCCGUGUGUAUCGGCCCUGUCCAGGUUAUGGAAACACCCGUGGAGAGAGACCAGUCACACCCUGGCGCCGACAUCCCAGGACCUCAAUAUGCACUGUAUUGCCAGUACUGCAACUGGUCCUCCACCGAGAUAGGCAUCAAGUUUGACAAGCCUAACGGUAUUCACUCGCAGCUCUCAAAGAUAAAUAAUGGAGGAGAUCUCAAGCUCACAGCGAAGGAACUCAAGGAGCGUCGCAAGGAGAACCCAGAUGAGCCACCUCUUGCCGAUAGCGAUGUCGAUACAGACCUUCAAUAUGCCAAUUUGAAGUCAUUCUACCAGUCGCAGCUCGCAGACACAAAUGCUGCCGCGAGCGGUAUAUCUCCGCUUAACGACACUACUGGCUAUGGAUCACCCGCAGCGUCGUUGUCUCGUAUCAUGGCUAUGUACACUGGUCACGGACAUGCCCGCAAGCGCAAUGGUCCUUCAGAUGUGAUGCGUGAAGCUCUCUCGGCAGAGGAAGGUCUCAAGUUGGCUGAUCUGGAUGAAUCAGCUCAGAUUAAGAAACUGCACCAAGAGGGGUGGGAUGCUACGGCUACCAAACAGCAGAACCUCGAACAAGCAGAGGCUCAGAGAUUCCAGGAUGGUCUACGGCCUAUCCCACAUCUUCUCAGAACAAAGCGGUCUAAGCGUUGCUCUGUGUGCCGGCAUAUUAUUUCCAAGCCAGAAAACAAGGUCACGUCAACACGGUUCAAGAUCAGACUUGUCGCAAAGGCGUAUAUCCCUACGAUCACCAUCAAGCCUCUCAACCCCACAGUUGGAAUAGUCCCUACGACGCAGCGGCCUCAUAUUCUAGAAGAGCGACCGCUCAAGCCCCUCACCCCGCAUCAUUACAUUAUAACCUUCAAGAACCCUUUGUUCGAUGGAAUCAAGGUCACACUUGCUACGCCGAACAUUACGCCUGGCAGAUUCUCCAGCAAAGUAACUAUUCUGUGUCCUCAAUUUGAUAUUGAUGCAAACACAGACAUGUGGGAUGAUGCUCUGAAGGACGAUGACAGAGACAAGAAGCGGAAAGGUGAAGAGAGCAGUGGUCAGCCUGAAGCCGGUAAGAUUUGGGAGCGAGGGCGCAACUGGGUCAGCAUCAUCUUGGAAGUGGUUCCCGCUUCACUACGACUCGACGGUCAAAAGGACAAGAGUCCAUUGAAGGAGGAUGAGGAUAUUCUAGAGAUACCCAUGUUUGUGAGGAUGGAGUGGGAGCCUGAUUCCCAACAAGACGUCGGUACAGCAUCUGCAAAGGAAAAGGAUGCUCAGGAGAGGAGGGAGCUGGCUUAUUGGUGUGUGCUUGGAGUUGGCCGCAUCAGUCACGAUUGA